AUGAGUUUUGUAGAGUUUCAAUCAUGCCAUUUUCUUUUUGGUAUUGCUCUUGCAUUGUGCUUUAACCAAGUCUCAUCCACCAUCAAUGAAACAGACAGAAUUGCAUUGCUCACAUUUAAGGCUGGCAUAACCAGAGAUCCUUUUGGCGUGCUCAACUCAUGGAAUGAUAGCAUUGGGUUUUGCCAGUGGUAUGGUGUUACGUGUGGCCGGAGGCAUCGGAAGGUCACGAUCCUAGACUUGUCAUCACAAGGACUCUCUGGAUCAAUCUCUCCUCAUAUUGGGAAUCUCAGCUUCCUAAGAAAAAUGGUGCUUCUCAACAAUAGUCUUGGUCAUGAAAUCCCUUCGCAAGUAGGGCAGCUGCGCCGUCUUCGUAGCUUACGACUAGACAACAAUUCAUUGGUUGGGGAAAUUCCCAAAAACAUAUCGGGUUGCUCUAACCUUGUCAACCUCUUUCUUCAAGGCAACCAACUAACCGGAGAGAUUCCUAGGGAGCUCGGUUCCCUAUCGAAGCUACGGAUAUUCGCUUCAUCUGUUAAUAAUUUGAUUGGGAGUGUGCCUUCCUUCAUUGGAAACUUAUCUUCAUUGGAAAUCCUUCAUUUAAUGAAUAACAAAUUGGGCGGGAGCAUUCCCCAAGUUCUAGGCUACUUGACAAACUUGCAAAUCAUUGGCCUCGCAGAAAAUAGAUUGUCAGGUACAAUUCCAUCUUCGUUACUCAAUCUCUCUUCGCUAGCUAUAUUUGAAGUUGGAGACCACCAGAUACUAGGGACUCUUCCUGAGAGUAUGGGCCUCAAACUCCCAGUUCUUGAAUAUUUCAGUGUCUUUGAGAACCAACUUGAGGGACCAAUUCCCCCAUCGAUAUCGAAUUCCACAAAACUAGUGACACUUCAACUUGGAAGUAACAAAUUAUCCGGGAGUGUGCCUUCAUUUGAAAAUCUACAUGAGCUUCUUAAACUUAGAAUCUAUGAUAAUCCGCUUGGAAGUGGAAAACCUGGAGACUUAAGCUUCCUUUGCUCAUUGACCAACAACACCAAAUUAAUGUACGUGCAAAUUGAGGAGAAUGAUUUUGGUGGGGUGUUACCAAAAUGCAUAGGUAAUCUAUCUACUACUCUCACGACUCUUUCAAUGCAAGAGAAUCAAAUAUCCGGCGAGAUUCCAGUAGUAAUUGAGAAUCUUGUCGGCCUGGAUAUGUUGGGUAUGACCCUCAACUAUCUUUCAGGUAAUAUACCCUCAAAUUUGGGGAAUCUACAAAAUCUAGCAAUGCUAGUGAUCAAUAGUAACAACUUGCAAGGGACUAUCCCAUCUUCUUUUGGGAAUCUAACCAAGUUGAUUCUACUAGAGCUUAGCAAGAACAAAUUUCAAGGGCAAAUUCCUUCCCAUCUGUCAAACUGUCGGUCUCUUAUUCUUCUUGAUCUGUCUAAUAACAAUCUUAGUGGUGCCAUACCCCCACAGCUUAUAGGUCUCUCAUCAUUGGCAAUCAUUUUGGACUUGUCUCAUAACCAUCUGACUGGGGUUCUACCCAUAGAAGUUGGCAACUUGAGGGGUUUGACUUCAUUGGACAUCUCGAACAAUUUGUUGGGAGGUGAAAUCCCUGACAGUUUAGGUGAUUGCACUUCAUUGACAACAUUGAGGAUGGGGGGCAACUUCUUCCAUGGUUCCAUUCCUCAGUCAAUCAGAUCGUUAGGAGGCAUUGAAGAGAUGGAUCUUUCAUGCAACAAUUUGUCGGGUCAAAUUCCAAAAUUCUUAACGAUAUUUCAUUCCUUGAAAGUCUUGAAUUUGUCUUAUAAUAAAUUUCAAGGCAUGCUACCACUCGAAGGAGUCUUUAAGAAUGCUACUGGUACUUCCAUUAUUGGAAACAAUGAGCUCUGCGGCGGAUUGCCAGAAUUUCACCUCCCCAACUGCAUAUCUAAAAGCUCCAAGAGAAGAAAGAUUAAUAUAAUCAUAUUGUCCGUUUCUAUUAUUUUUGGAGUUCUUGGAAUAUGUCUUUUUCUUGCUCUUAUAUGUCUUUUUUGGUUGAAGAAGAGAGUAAAUAAACCAGUUUCAAGUUCGACAGAUGAUUCGUGUCCGAACGUGUCUUAUGGAACACUCCUGAAAGCGACUGAUGGAUUUUCUUCAAUGAGUUUGAUUGGUGUUGGAAGCUUUGGUUCUGUAUAUAGGGGGAUACUCGAGGGUGACAGAACUAUUGUUGCUGUAAAGGUGCUUCAUUUAGGGUGUUGUGGUGCUCUUAAAAGCUUCAUAGUCGAGUGUGAGGCAUUAAAGAAUAUUAGACAUCGAAAUCUCUUGAAGAUAUUGACAGUUUGCUCGAGUAUUGAUUAUCAAGGAAAUGAUUUUAAGGCCUUAGUCUAUCAAUUCAUGGACAAUGGGAACUUGGAAAGGUGGCUACAUCCAAACCCAACAUCAUCCCAUAGCAAUGAGCUUCCAAAAAAGUUGAAUUUCAUUCGGAGGAUAAAUAUUGCUAUUGAUGUUGCUUUUGCACUAGAUUAUCUUCAUCACAGGUGCCACAUCCCCAUCGUUCAUUGUGAUUUAAAACCGAGCAAUGUCCUCUUAGAUGCUCAGAUGGUCGCACACGUGGGCGACUUUGGAUUGGUGAAAUUCCUUCUUGGAUCAUCACUUGAUGUUGUUGCUAAUCAAAUGAGCUCAAUGGGUCUUAGAGGGACAAUUGGUUAUGCUCCACCAGAAUAUGCAAUGGGAUGCGAGAUCUCAAGAGAAGGCGAUGUCUAUAGUUACGGUAUCCUCUUGCUAGAGAUGUUCACAGGAUUGAGUCCCACCGAUGAUAGAUUCGAGGACAACUUGACUCUCCAUAGUUUUGUCACAGCAGCUUUGCCUAAGCGAGCCUUGGAAAUUACAGAUCACAUUCUACUUCUAGAAAGAGAAAGGUGUUUCGAUCCCAAUAGUCCUCAGCAUUGGCUUUCUGAAAGCAAUGAGAUAUUUCAAGAGUGUUUGGUUAUGGUAUAUAAUAUUGGAGUGGUUUGUUCAAAUGAAGUGCCUGCAAGACGGAUGAGCAUCAACGGUGUUGCAAAUCAACUGCAAAAGAUUAGGAAAAAGCUCUUUCCAUUGGGUUUCCAUGAACAGGAUGAACUACCGCAGGUGACAUGA